AUGAGUGAUUCGCCAACGGAAAAGGAAGUCAGGCAGAAAAUUCGGAGUGGUAGAUUCAGGACAGCAAUUUGGGGAUUCUUCUCUGAUUACUGUAACAACAGCACAAUCCAUGGAGUUAGGUACCUAGGCGAGAAACGUAGGCCCUGGACUGAGAGGGUUUGGUGGGAUGACACUCCAGUCAUUGUAACAUUUGCUGACAAAUCCACAUUUGUCUGGCAAAUACCAUUUCCAGCUGUUACUAUUUGCCCCGAAACUAAGGUCAAAACUGAAUAUUUAAAUUUUACAAAAGUUUUCAAGAAAAUAUUUAAAGACGAAGAAAAUCUUACGUCAACAGACUUUGUUCCUAUCCUCACGGAGGAAGGUUUUUGUUUCACCUUUAAUACACUCAAUGCUUCAGAAAUCUACAAUCCUUCUGCCCUGCAUCCUGGAUAUGAGUAUCCUAUUCAAGAAUCCGAAUCAAAGGACUGGAAUUUAGAAGAAGGAUAUACAACUCUGGACUUAUCAACGCAUCCACAACGAGCUUUGGGAGACGGUGUACGGGUUGGAUUAUACAUAUUAUUGAAAGCUUCAGAAAAGGAUUUUGACUACCUAUGUAGUGAAAUGAUGCAGGGCUUUAAAGUCCAUUUACAUUCACCUGAUGAGAUUCCUCAAAUAGCUCGCCAAUUUUUCAGGGUGCCACUGAAUCAAGGGAUUAUGGUUUCGGUUAAACCAAGUAUGCUUACAACAUCUGAAGGAUUAAGAGCCUAUAAUCCGAUAAGGAGACAAUGCUACUUCAACCACGAACGCCAAUUGAAAUUCUUUCGAAAUUAUACUCAAAAGAAUUGUGAAUUGGAGUGCUUAUCUCUAUUUAUGAUAAAGGAAUGUGGAUGUGCGAAAUUCUACAUGCCUCGAUAUACAGAUACCCCAAUAUGUGGGUCUGGGAAGAUUUCGUGCUACUACAGAACCAUAAGCGAUUUAGUCCUGAGAACGAUGGAAGAGGGCUUACAGAAUAACUACACAAAUUCAGACUGCAAUUGCCUGCCAGCAUGUACGUCGAUAGCGUACGAUGCGGAAAUAUCGCAGACUGAUAUGGACUGGGAUAAGCUUUUCGAGGCUUUAGAAAUCCCUAAAGACAAAUUAGAAGGAAUUCGUCCCGCAAUCCUAUCAAUUUAUUUCAAGGACUCCCAGUUUAUCACUUCUAGAAGGUCCGAGCUCUAUGGUCUGACCAAUUUUGUGGCCAAUUGCGGAGGACUUCUGGGACUCUUUAUGGGUGUCUCUCUCCUGAGUAUCGUUGAGAUUAUUUAUUUCUGCAGCAUUCGCUUAAUCAACAAUCUCAAGAUGAGAAGGACCACAAAAUUAGCUUCUAAUUAAUUUUACUGCUCGAACUCCAAGGAGAGAUCAGUAUAUAAUAAUCCCUCGAUUUUUUCACCAACCCAAAAUUUCCUCCUUUCACCCC